AUGCCUUCAUCACACAGGCUUGGCGAUAAGAAGAUAUAUCAGUACGCAGGGAACCCAAGUGCUCGGCACGGAUCGGUCUCACGAGGGUCUCACCCGCCUUCUUCUUCUGCGCUCAGCACCGCUAAUAGCAGCAGGACAUCCGUCGCAUCAGGUAGUGCGGAGCACGAUCCCACAAAUUUAGGUUCUAGGCCUUCUCGGUAUGACCCAAGUUCUACUGGCAGACCGUUCACCUCACGGAAAUCCAGGGCUUCAAGUAGGUACAAUCCAGAUCCCUCCCCGACAAGCCCCGUAAGACGCGUGAGCUCAGAAGGGUUAAUAGCAAGCUCCAGAUGGUCCAAUAGUGGUACAAAUUUAGCUGCUUCUAGUAGAUAUAAUCCACAGGCACCGCCAACAGGCUCGACCGGUAGUCAUCAUAGCUACUAUAAUUCUCACUUCGGCAGGAAUAGAGUGUCUUCAGGCGGCGAACCCAAUGAAGUGGCUAAUGCAAACUACGUUUCCCGGGGAAGUAAAUGGAGAGAAUCUCCAUCCACCGGCAAUUUUGCUGAUCACGACAACUAUGUUCCAACUUCAACCACAGUACCAACUUCAAAACCAUUUUCACAUAAAAAAUACUAUCACUACUCAUAUCACCAUGGAAACUAUGUACCGUCUUACUCCAGCAGAUACAGUAAUAAGUUUGGAAAAAGCGAUCGCCAAAAUAGCGACAGUGGAUACGAAUCUUCCGAAGGGUCGAAAAUAACUGAAAGUCAGAAUGAGCACUCGCUGGGCUCUAGCUUAAUAAAUUCAGUAGCGCAAACUACUAGAAAAGUGGAAGCUCUAGCCGCAACAGGUCACCAGCGUAUCAAUCUUCAGAAAAAUUCGGAUUCUGACGAAUUAAGGUCCGAAACAGAAGGAGCACCAGAGUCAAACGGAGAUACAGAUAAUUCACCAUUGGAACACAGGAAACCUGUACCUAUGGACAAUCAGAAAGGCAUUGUCCAGACAAAUGAAUUAGAGCAAAAGACCUCUGAUAUGGACAACCACAAUGUCUUAACUGAAGCGGAGAAGCAAGGUGAACAAGUGGACAAAAUACAGCCUACUGAUCAAACCAUAAUGAAUGAAGGUGAAAAGGAUGGUUCUGCGAUGGAUAAAGCACUGGAAAAUGUUGACAGUUUCAAACACAACCCCACCAUAAACCCAAAGGAUGAUGUAACGAGUAAUGCUAAAAUCAUUUCAAAAUCUCCAGUAUCUACUGGCGGAACUUCGAUAGCUUCAAGGUCGCAUAUACCUGCUGAUGAUAUCCUUUAUCAUAUAAAAGGCUAUAAGGAACCGCUGAAGAAAAUAGAAGCAUGCAUAUUUCCAAUGACGGAGCCAGAGACAAAGCUUUGGGAGCUCAAAAACCAGACACGGCAACAAAUAAUUGCCAAGCAGUUUUACCUUUUGAAGAAGCCAGUUAGAAAUUUAAAGGAGUACCCUUUCAUGUCUGAGAACUUUUUAAUACAUGAGCAAGCUAUUAAACCCAUUCUUCUCAAAUCAAUUUCAAAAAUUAAGCGUUAUGAGUAUUUGAGAAAGCUACAACUCAGGAGUGAUUUUUUGCAAUAUGAUGAGCAAUGGGAUAGAAAGUGCCAAAAAAUGGAUGAAAUUAGCAAAAACAUGAGAAUGGAUGAAGUUGAGGAGCAGGAGAGAUUGCAAAAGGAGCAGAAGCAAAAAGAGCAAGAAGAGCAUGAUAAGCAAGCUCUACAAGGUCGUACGAAUAGUCGGAGAAGGAACAGGGCCGAUUUUGUUGAUGAUGCAGAGAUUGAAAACGUUUUACUGCAAAUCGAUCCUGAUUACAAGCAUCAUCAGUUGGCUGCGCGUAUUCCUCCAAUGUACAUCAGUCCCGUAGACAAGUACUCUAUCAGGUAUCAGAAUGUGAACAACCUUGUCACAGAUAAAGAUGCUUGGGCCAAGAGAAUUCUUCUAGAUGGAAUCGAUACAUUUACUGAAAGGGAACAUGACCUUUUUGUCGACGCUUAUCUAUCCUAUCCUAAAAGAUUUGGAAAAAUCUCGCAACAAAUGGGAGGUUUAAGAACUCCAGAGGAAUGCGUCCUUCAUUACUAUAGAACAAAGAAACAGACCAACUACAAACAGCUGAUAGUUGAAAAGAACAAGAGACGAAAAGCCAACGCUAAUCGUCGUCGGAAAGAGAAGGAAAAGGAGAAGGAAAAGGAAAGGAUUAAGGAUAAAGACUCUGAGAGUGAAAAAGAAAGUGGUAGAGAGAAAGAUAGGAUGACAGAAAGUGCUGACUUAUCCGUUGAUGAAAAUGAACGAACAGUCGAUGAGGUAGAAGAUGAAACAGUCAAUCAAGAUACUUCAUUACGUUCAAACGAAGGUAUGAAACAAGUAGAAAUAAAACCAACUGUACAAGCUGAGGUUCCUAUGAUAGUCGAUGAAGAACAAGACCUCACUAGUGUACAGGAACUUGCAAAUAACAAUGAAGCUGUUUACGAUAGAAAACCUUCGGAAGUGGCCGGGCCUUCACAAAGAGAGGAUCUAGAAAGCCUAGAAUCGAGGAAGCGGAAGCUCCAGGAAAUUGAAGAGGUCACAAGUGAACUCCCGAAUUUGCAACCAAUAGCUCCUGCCAUGAAUUUCAAUGACAAGGAUAUCGGGAUGAGCUCGGGAGAAAAACUAGUUGUUAGACCUGACGGCAUAGAUAAGGCGCAGCAGGCAAAGAAGAAAGCCAAACACAAUGACGGUCAUCACAAAUCAAGUUACUGGAGUGUGAAGGAGACAAAUGCUUUUCCUGAGCUUUUGCGCCAAUAUGGUUCUCAAUGGGCUUUAAUUUCAGAGAAGUUGGGCACCAAGUCUACUACAAUGGUGCGCAAUUACUUUCAAAGAAACGCCGGUCAAAUGGGAUGGCAAUCACUCGUGAAUGGGUCGAGUAUGACAAAAGACAGUAAGGAUCAAUCAGUGAACGAGGAAAAGGUUGCCACUAUUCAUGCAACUGAAACUGUUCCACCUCAACAAAAACCAUUGGUUAACUUCUUUGGUCAAGCGCAGACCAGCCCAGGAACUCCAACUCACAAUAUGCCUUUGGAAAAUGCAGACAGCUUUUCUCAACAAUCGACUCCUCAGGGCCUCCCUCCACCACAUUUACCAUCCAUCCAGUUCUACUCGAGUGAUCAAUCGAAUAAAAAACCUCCGAUUGUAUCAACAUCUUCAGAAACCGCUACGAAACAAUUCGAAGUUACGUCUGAUCACUCCGACCAACACCCAACGGUACAUUUCGCGCAAGAGGUGGUACAUCACACUUCUGGGACCUCUUCAUCAGUGUCUUCUCAAGCACCGGACUCGAGCCGCAGAUCAUCUAUCAAAAGUUUAUUGAACAAUGAUGAGGAAAAGAUUGACGCUAACGCGAAACAAGCCCCUUCAGCAAUCAAUUCCACGCAGGCGAGAGAUUCACAGCCUUCAAAAGUUAUUGUUCAAGAGCUUCAAUCUUCAACUUUUUCCUCCUCUUCAACACCCUCGCCAUCAAUCAACGCUCAAAAAAGGCCUAACUUUCUCUCAACAAUUUUGAAUACCGGAAUGAAAUCACACGAUGAACAACAUCAAACGCCAAAUGAUACACUUACCACAUCUCGUGCCUGCCCAGUUUCUGCACCAGGUCCAAUGUCGUCUUUAACCUCAGAUGCGCGUACGCUGCCUAAUUUGGCUCAGCCUAAUUUCUAUAGCACAACUGUUCCACCUCGGUCGGCGCCCGUGAGACCUACAGAAAUUAAUUUCGCUAAUGAUCCUCUUGCUGCACUAGCCGCAGUGGCGUCAGCGCCCGAAGCUUUGGCAUCAUUGCUACCAGCAAGUAAUGAAGAGCCCAAAUCUAAUAUUGACGGUUUAGGAAAACCACAAAGGUGA